CGAAGCCGUCCAUUUGGCCAUUGUUUAUGCGUGAGAUUUACGUCCGGAAUAUGAUGAAUGGCCUCGGAAUGAACAGCCCUGAGAAGGACAUAGAUACACGCUGCUGUUUUCCUGUUCGUAUGUCAGUCGGGGCGUGACGGUCGAUCCUGCUGGUUUAUGGAGGUCGCAAGGUCAGGCUCAGGAACCGACGGCAUUUCAAGGAGCAAAGACCUUUAAAAGACCCUACGAGGAUGUGGAAGAGCUCCUCCUCCUCCUCCUCCUCCCCCUCCUUCUGCUAUCUGGUGCUCCUCCUCGUCUCUCUCCUUCGCCAGAACGCCGCCCAAACACAAUCUUCAGAAACUGGCAAUGCUCGGAGGUUGUCGCUGCCGAUCCAACCCCAGGAAGGAAAGGCGUGCAGUAAGGUGGAAAACCCAGGCUCAUGGCUCUCCGGCGACAACUGCUGCAGGUGCAAGGCCAACGAAGUGACCUGCCGCCCGAAGCCUCCGAGAUGCCGAGACCCGCCCGCAGACACCACAGGCUGCCGACAGAAGGAGAUCUGCGGCUGCACUGAAUGGAAAUGCAAACCCAACAAGCGAAAGGAAGGCGGUCGUGGCCAGAAGCCUCGACGGAACGGAAGGCGACAGAGGAAAGAGAACAAAAGAAAUAGCGGAACACAAAGAGGAAAACGUCGCGGAAAAGGCGGACGAAGAAGAGGACAACGAAACAGGAACCAAAAGAGAAGAGCCAGAAACAAGCAAGAUAGACCGUCUAGGAAAUUGGAGAUUGAAGGAUCCGCCGGCAAUAGCACCUCUCCUGGAGAAGACGAUGACGACGGCGACUACUACUAUAACGACUACUACUUCGAUGACUACAUGUACCCAGACUACCUCUAUGGCAACAUGUAUGGACUAUCCUGUAGCUGCCACACGACUUGGGUCCAGAAUGGUUUUUAUCACGACGAAUGGUACGACGAUUUUGGUGAUUAUUACUCUUACUACGAAGAUUAUCCUGACGAUGGAUAUGACCUUUUUUACGAUUCCUAUUUUGAAGACGGAGACGAAACGGAAAUGGACGAUGGCUCAAGCAAAGAAUUUGACGCGUUCGAGAGCGAAGACAAGAAAAAACGGAAGAAGGGCAAAAAGCAGAAGGAGAACGAAAAAGGAAGAGGCAAGGAAAGAGGGAAAGGAAAACGCAAGAACGACAACAAGGAGAAGAGGAAACGAGAUAGGAAAAGGGAGCGCAAUGAAGGGAGAAACAGGAAGGAGAAGAGGAAGGUUGUUCAGCACGGAAACAGCAUAAACAAGGAAAAUGGCGACGAAAAGGGAGAUGGGAAACGAGGUCAGUUCAAGAAAAAGAGUCCAGGGAUAAUGGGCCGGGAAAUGCCUGCACGAGGUGAUAUACGUCAGGAAGGAUGGCCAUCUGGAUACCGUGGGCCAUAUGGACUGAAAUUGAAGCCAUUAUCGCUGGGUUUCUCGAAGACGUUGUUGCUAGAAGCAUUGCGAAAUUAUAUGUUUGCAGAAUUCAAUAUCAUUCUGCAAACUUUGUAUGAGAUCUUGCUGUCUUUGUUCGUGUCUGUAUCUCCCUCUCCGGCUGCUUAUUUCUUUGUUUAUCCAGAAGCCUGGUGA